AUGCUUAGCACCUUUCGCAGACUCAUUAACUAUUGUGGUAGCGCGAAUGCCCCCAGGAAGCCUGACGAUAUACCGACCAAGGCGGCGUCUUCCCAAAUUAGUAGUUCGCCGUCAACGUCAAAUAGCAAUUCCGAUCCAGCAUAUCGCGCUGCCUUCAACUCUGGAGCCCCUCUUACGCAGUUUGCGAAAAGGGUGCCACAUGCGCAGUCGUCUUCCAGCGCUCCUAAUUCAGCGCUGUCUGGAUAUCUCUUCUCGCGUGUCAAGGGAACAGGCACCUCUAACAUUAACGAUAUCCCGCCACCACAAGUUCCCCUAUAUGCCAAACCAGUGACGACCUCCGCUGACAAGAGAACUAAAGACCCCUCUACCGAAUCUGAGGAUAUCGACAUGCCCGAUGCGGACUUCCGGUCACCUCCGACACUUUCAACAACACUGCCUGAUGGGGACGACGCCCACCAUCUAUCGAACAAAUAUUCACAAGACAACGGAAAAGACAUAGCAGCUGAAAGUGUUCCAAGCGGGCCAUCUGACACCGUUUCGUCAACAUCAGUCCACCGCAGCAGCCGCCCUCAAUCGAUCCCAGUGCGUCAACAAGACCGCCAGCAAACACCCAUCACACCACAUACUAAGAAAAGCUGGGUCGACGACAUUGUCAUAGAAGAAGACACACCUGAGAAUAACCUCCCCGUCGGCUACCUUGGCACUUUCCGCGGCUCGCGUCACUUCAUUCCAGAAUAUCCAGGCAUGCUACCUUGCAGUCAUAACACCAAACAUCUCCUCCUCUGCGGCCACUGGGUUUCCAGUUCCGAGCCAUGUGGUAGCAACUGCAAAAAGCAGAAUCAUGCCGAAAAGCCCUUCAACUGCCCAACAUGUCAAGAGAUCGUUCGCGAAGUCCUCACCGGAUCGAUCCUCUCAGCGGUCGAGUCGAUACGGUGGAGGAAACUAAAGGAAAAGGGCAACAACAUAGUUUAUGUGUCGUGUUGUGUCGAGCAAGUCGUCCGCGCUGCACCCCAGAUUAAGAGCGGCGUCACCGAGGCUGUAGCCGGACUUCUCUUGGAAAAUUAUGGACGUAAAUGUGAGCAGGCAGACAACCCAGAUCCUGAGGGACUCGAGACAAUCGAGUGGAUUGUGGGAGACAUGCAAGAGCGAACUGAGCGCAAGCAGCGCGAGAGAUUCGCUCAAGAGAACCCUCUCAACACACACGACAAACGCAAGAGCUAUGAAGAUGCGACGAAUCUGUCUGUUAAUGAAGUCAACCUUGGAACAGACCGCUCAGCUGCUCAUGAUGAGCAGCCACGAGGUAGUUCCUCCACGGGCGAAGACGACAAGCAAGAUGCAUUGUCGUCCAGCCACAAAAGGCAAAAAACGAAGCUAGAGACCCACCGCGAGCCCACGACACCCCAAAGCCGCGGCACGAAGCGCCCUCGUCCGUCCACUUCCGCCUCGUGUGAAAACAUGUCGCCAUUCGCCUCCGUCGCUGGUAGUAAGCGUAUCAAAACUCCCAUGGAGAAGGUCUACACUCCGCCUUCCUCUACGUUUGGUGAGGCUAGUUUUCCCUCUCCAAAUGCCAGUGUUGUUGGAGUUAUGAAGCGGAAGCAUCGGAAUGAUGUAGACAUGAAUGGCGAAGGUGAUGUUCGAAUGGAGAGUGGAUUCAAGAGAUGUAGAGUUGAGAUUUGGCGGGCUUCGCAGGAGCGAGUGAAGAUGCAGAUGUCAGGAUUCGCUGGAUUUGCAGCAGCAUGGGAUGAGGACAAAGAUGAUUCUUAA